AAAAGGAACUAAUAAACGGGUCGAGCGGACGCAAGCAUCCGCCACGUGGAAGCAUUUGGCUUUGAGUGAAUGGAACGGUAGCGUAAUUGACCCGAAGAGGAAGAGACGCAUCAGCGUUCCAUAUUCCCCCAAAGAAAAAACACAACUCAAAACAAAAAUACACCUCCGUCUUCUUGCUUUUUUUUUUCGGCCCCUUUAAACCCCAAGCUAUUUCCACUCUUCUCUCUCUCUGUGGAAAAUGCAAUUCACAGCUCAAUUCCCUCAGUCCAAAGAGUAAAAGCACAAAGAACCCGAAUCCAAAUCAAAAAUCCAAUCAUAUGCCCUCAGAUCUCGCUUUCUCUCCUUAACAACCAACACCCAAUCCACACACACUACCAAACUUAGAUAUUCACUGAGAGAGGGAGAGUGUGUGUAUGUGUGUUUUCUUGUACAUGAUAGAAAUGGCUACCUUGCAGAAAUUCAAGCUCCUAGCCACUCAGUGCGCCGUAGUGGCUGGAAGCCCAACUCAGAGCCCAUCGGCGAGCCCUGUAAUCCACCUCCGCCGCCGAAAGACCCUCCGAAUGCUCCUCAAUCGCACCGAUCGACGUGGACGUUUCUCUCGUCAAGAAGACUCGCCGGAGCUCCGCAACAGGGGUUCGGAUCCCAAUCGCGCUCCGGAUAAUAAGAAGAAGCAGAAGAAGGAGAAGAACGAGGAGGUUAGGAUCAGGCACAAGCUGAAGGACCUGUUUGUUUCCUCGCCUCCGCUUGAAGAUAGAGUUUCGGACAAGAGAUUCCAAAACGAAGAAGAAGAAGAAGAAGAAGAGCAGCAACAGCAUCAACAAUUGGUCGGGUCUCUACCGGAAAACGGGAGUGUCGGUGGUGGCAGCCUUGCUCAUCGGCGUGUCAGAAGCGGAGGAGCCGGUUCUUUCAGGCCAAUAACGGCGACGUUUCGGUAUAGAUUGCUGAGAAGAGCAUGGCGACCCGUACUCGUUACCAUCCCAGAGUAGCAGAAAAAAACGUAAUGUACGGAUACUAUUUAAUUUUUUAAUUUUAUUAAUACAAUCGAUUUUUGUUGUAUUUAAAAAAAAAAAAAAUAGAUGAAAAAGUGAUGAAUAUUGUGGGUUGCUAACGUGCACGGGGUCUUUGCUAUUCCGAGCGACUGAUGGAAGACGUAAAGGCAGCUGCGAGAAACUUUACCAGAGAAAGUGGGGGAAGGGCGCAGAUUAGCACGGGCGCAUCUUAGCAGUGGAAUUUUAGAGAGUUAAAAAAAGAAAAAGAAAAAAAGAAAGGGUGAUGAGAAAUUGGAGAACAAGUUGGGGAAUAAAAAAGCAGUUUUGUUUCGAUGGUGGUGGUGGGGUUGGGGUGUAUGAGGGUGCCAUGGAUCAUAAAGACAAGGGCACCACCAAUUUUCUUGUAUACACGCAAUGGGCCGAACAACUAGAAAGCAGGAAGUGAGAUGGAACGUUUGUAUCUUUGUUUGGAUUGGAGCAUAGGGAUGAAGCUGGCGACAAAUUCUCUCCAACAAGGAAAGGAGGAAUCUAUUUUGCCUUCUCCUUCAAUGAACUGUAAAAGCAAAAGGAUAUAUAUUGAAUGCUUUUGAGCUGUAAUGCACAACAUAUUUGAUUUUGACCGGACCAACGAGUUCCAAUAUUUAUGAUUGUCGUUGUUAUGAUAUAUGAAGAUUCUUUUGAGUGCUUGUA